AUGCUGAGGAACGGCGCGCACAGAAGCAUGCACCAGGGAGAGGAGGCGAGGCUGCGCAGCGGGAGUCUGGCUCGGGAGAGGAAGCACCUUGCUCUGCGCAUCAAUAACCAGGAUGAAGUCAGGAGGUGCCAUCGCUACUGCAACCACAGCGGAGGGCCGGCGCCUCCCAAGGUGGAGAGAAGCCGUCCGUGCAGGAGCGAGGAGGAGGAUGACAACAGCCCACAUCGCCGGGAGCGGCGACAGCGCCUGGAGAGCAAGGCUAUCGUGAUCCAGCGUGCCUGGCGUGCAAAAAUGUCCUGCGCAGGAAGUCGUCAGGGGCAAGACGAGGACCUUACGAGCCCUCGUCAGGAUGAGACUCCAGAGAGCCAGCAGGACCCGGUGAUGACCGCCGACGUGUCUACGGAGCAGCUGGAGGGCCUCCAGAGUGACUUCAAGCAUGUUAAUGAAGGAGGUUUCCAGCUGCAGAGUAAUCACCUGACCAUGGACCUGGAUAACAACAUCAAUAUCAACAUGCUGCAAAUUGAGAACAAGGUGUUCAUUAUCCAGCGGGCCUGGCGUGACUUCCUGCAGAGACAGGAAGCGGAGAAAAGGAGCCCGUCCCCGCCCUCCCUCUCCUCCUCUGACAAGAUGAGCAUGUCAAUCAGCAUGGCGACUCUGUCAGAUGGCAGCACCCCAGAUUACCGGGAGGAUGGCAUGGACCUGGGGAGUGAUGCGUCCAGUCGAUCCAGCUCAGAGUCCAACUCCAACAAGGUUACACCUUGCUCCCCUUCUCUUGACCUGGCCACUUUGGAGGACUACAAAUCCUCCCCAUCGCUGGACCUGGUCACCUUAGAGGACUAUGAGGAGGAUGAGGACUACCAAGAGUAUAAGAAGAAGGUGAUAGAGGAGUGGGAGAGUGAGUAUGGAGACGACUACACCGCUCCACCGCCUCCUGGUCAGGAGGAAGGCGGAGGAGGCCUCGUGGAGGUCGACGGCCUUGGCCAAGGCUACAGGAAGACAGUGAACAGUCGCAGCCUCGCCGAAGAAUUCCAGGAUGUGAAGCCCGUCCCACCCCUUCCGGCCCCUGGCGGACACACUGCCACCUCAGUUGCAGCCAUCCCAGAGGAACUGAAACAGAAUGGCAAUUUGAUUUUCCCCAGAAGCAACCAACUCCACUCUCCCGAUACGCCAAAGGGGGGCACAGGGAUUCCCAAGCCCAGCCGCCGUAGCUCCAGUCAAGGCAGAGGGAGCCGCAGCAGUAGCGGGGGUGGUGGCGGAGGAGGGACUGGGGUACGGAUGGGAGGAUACAGAGAGGAGGAGGGUGUAGAGGAAGAGCCUCUGCCCACCAUGGACUGGGCGGCCCUGGAGAGGCACCUGGCUGGGCUGCAGUGCAGAGAACAGGAGAAUCAAAACCUCAACCACAUCCAGAACCACAACAUGGGCAAGACCGCCUACACCUCGGCCCAGAAGAAUGAGAGGGAGUCCAUCAGGCAGAAGUUGGCCCUGGGCAGUUUCUUUGACGAUGGGCCCGGCAUCUACACCAGCUGCAGCAAGAGCGGAAAGCCCAGCCUGUCCUCACGGCUGCAGAGCGGGAUGAACCUACAGAUUUGUUUUGUCAAUGACAGCGGCAGCGACAAGGACAGCGAUGCAGAUGACAGCAAGACGGAGACCAGCCUGGACACGCCUCUGUCCCCCAUGUCCAAGCAGAGUUCCUCCUACUCAGACAGGGACACCACAGAGGACGACUCGGAGUCCCUGGAGGACAUGGACUUCGUGAGUCGACAGAAGAAGCUGCAGGACGAGGCGAAGAUGGCCCUGGCGAUGGCCAAGCCCAUGGCCAAGAUGCAGGUGGAGGUGGAGAAACAGAAUCGUAAAAAGUCCCCAGUGGCCGACCUGCUUCCGCACAUGCCUCACAUCAGCGAGUGUCUAAUGAAAAGAAGCCUGAAGCCCACCGACCUGAGAGACAUGACGCUGGGGCAGCUCCAGGUUAUAGUCAACGACCUGCACUCCCAGAUUGAGAGUCUGAAUGAGGAACUUGUACAGUUGCUGCUGAUCCGAGAUGAACUCCACAUGGAGCAGGACGCCAUGCUGGUGGACAUAGAGGACCUCACCAGGCAUGCUGAGAGCCAGCAGAAACAUUUGGCUGAGAAGACCCUAUCCAAAUAAAGAUGCCCGUCCCCCACUCCCCCCCCCAGCUCCCCCUCUUCCAAGAUUAGCCCCCCGGAUCCAAGCCCGACUUCCCGCCCUCCGGCCAUUCCCCCCCUCUCCCCCGAGUCGAUCCGAGUCCUGCCCCGCUCGUCCCAACGUACUUUGCUCCCCUCUGCUUCCCCCGUCUCCUCCCUUGUCUUACCUUCCUGUCCCCCCGUCCCCCCCCCCACUGACUCCAGUGGUAGCAGCAGCACAGAAGUAGACCACUCUCUUUCAUUCGCUUCUGUGGUUUUCUCGCGGCGCUAAGAGGAGCACUUCCUGCUUUGUGGGUGAAGAGGAUCGUGUGUCGUCCUGGAUUCUGUCCCCAGCUUCCUGUGCAGUGAUCGGCCUUGCUUUGCUACUGUUUCUUUUUAACUUUCUACAUUCGCCACUAAAUUAUAACUGUUCAAAUGCAAAAAAUUGUGGGAAAAAAAUAAAAUAAUAGUGAAAAACUUUAGUAGAAAGUCAUUCAUGAGAAAAAAGAAACAACAUUGUGUAAAAAUAAAAAAAAAGAACGAUGGAAAGCUAACUUCUUCAGACCAUUUUAAGUUGGACAGUAAUUUUAAAGUAUUUCAAAGUCGACCUGUUUUUAUUCUGCACAAACGGUAGUUUUCAACUGAGACAUGUUCAUUUGAAGGUGCUAAAAGAGUGUAACAGAAACAUGCCUGCCUUGUAGUGGAGUCGUAGCUUUUGGUAAUACAUUCACUCUAAUUGCUCUUCAACAUUUUGUGAAUGUUGAUUUUCUGACACGAGUCAUUUUAAAUGAAUAAGUGUGUUAAUAUCGUUUUCAUCCUGUUGUAUUCAGAAACUUUAUUUGAGGAAAGAAAUGUUAUUGUACAGAUAUGUAAAAUAAAGAAUAAACUUUGUUUCAUAUA